ACAAGAUGGCUGCGUACACACGUAUACAAAAGUGGCUGAAGUCUGCAUUAAUUUUUACCGUUUUUGUAAACAUAUAUUGGUGUUAUGGACACGAAAUUGUAUUAGACGAUGACAUAUUUAAAGCCAGUCCAUCAAAGAAUGUUGUAAAUGUGGGAAUCGCAAAGCCUCGAAGAUUUUUACUUUAUGAUGUCAAUCCUGGUGAAGGAUUUAAUUUAAGGAGAGAUGUGUACAUGCGAAUGUCCAAUCUUGUCAAGAAGCUACGUGAAAAACAAGAAUGGAUUUUGGUAUUGCCACCGUGGGGUAGAAUCUACCAUUGGAAAUCCCCAAACCUAGACCAGUAUCGACUACCAUGGUCCCUCUUCUUUAAUAUUGAAAGUUUAAAUCAACAUGUUCCUGUUAUUGAAUUCACAGAUUACCUCAAAGAGAUUGGAAAACCUGAGAUAGAAGAAGUAUAUACUCUACAACGCUAUGCGGAAGGAUGGACGAAUGGAAAGUUCGAAGAAAAGUAUGAUGAACGGGAGUGCAUAGACCGCCCAGCUUACAAUGCCAAAGAAGGGGGAAGGUUUAAGGGAUGGUUUUGGGGUUACGACGAUGUGUACGCAUUGAAUUUCAAGUGCCUGUCUGUGCAAGGCUUUGCCAGCAUUUUAGCCCCCAUGCUGUGGGAGAGCACAACUGCAAGAUCAGUAUUUAUAACCAGAGCAGAAACACUUCUGCAUGACCGAUUUGGGGGCAAGAACUAUUGGCUAGCCAGAAGAAGUAUGCGGUUUGCACAGCACUUGAUUGACAUAGGUAAUGAUUUCAGGAAGAAGCAUUUGAAAUCAACUGAUGAAAAAGAUAAAACAGUUAUGAAAGAAAACUGGCAAGACCAAAAGCCAGAAAAAGGGACAGCUAAAGGCGGGCCGUACUUGGCUGUACAUCUACGUAGACAGGACUUUGCUCGCAACAAACGUAAGGAGGCACCGUCAAUAGAAAAUGCUGCUCAGCAAAUCAAUAAAAUUAUGAAAGAUAGGAAAUUAAAAACAGUAUUUUUAGCAACUGAUGCUCACAAAUCAGAAAUUGAUGACCUGAAGAAUCAAGUUGAAGGUAAAGUUGUCCAAUUCAAGCCAUCAAAAACUAUUCACCACCAGUAUAAAGAUGGAGGGGUGGCCAUUAUUGACCAGUGGAUAGCAGCCCAUGCUAGAUACUUCAUUGGAACGUGUGUGUCCACUUUUUCAUUUCGUAUUCAAGAUGAGAGGCAAAUACUGGGGUUCGAUCCAAAUACAACUUACAACUGUUUCUGCGGUGACAAAGAUUUAGAUCCAAAAUGCGAGCAGCCAACUAAAUGGGACAUAAUGUACUGAAGGCAGGAAAUCAAAGGGUCUCUUUAACAAUAUGUUAUGCUGGUACACGCUUUGUGCUUUUGUAUGUUCCAAUGGGUACUGAUUCAUACUGGUGCUUCACAUUUGGAUCAAGUUGUCAUUUGCAUCAAUAAUUGGACAUACUGUAGUGCUAUUUUCACACAGAUGCAAUGGAGAAAAGGAUGUUUGAAUAUUGAUAGUGUUUGUACAAUCUCAGAGCAUCAAAAGCGGAAAUUGACCAUAUAUUGUACCUAAUUAUGCAGUUCUUGUCAUUAAGGAAUGAAUGAAUAAAUGGAGGGAUUGAUGAAUGAUUAAAUGAAAAUGAAUUGAUGAAUGAAUGAAUGAACAAGCGAACAAAUGAAAAUUACUUAAUUCAGUGUGAUUAUUACUAAUAGUAAUAAUAGAAAGAAAAAUAUAUAAUGAUGCUAUCGGAAUUUUACUUUAAUGUCACGUACAGGAUGGGUGCUGAAUAAUAAAAUCCAUCUGGUAUACUUUUAUGAACUCUUCCAAUGUAUCAAAUUUUUUUUUUUGGUAAUCAUAUUGAUAUGAUUGAUAGAAUUUAUGAUAAAAAUGUCUUGGAUUAUCUUGCUUAUCCUAAUUUGUAGUAAAAAUAGUGUUUACUUAAUAAAUUAACAUUUAUUUUUUAUAUAUAUUUAUGAAAUUGAAAUUUGUGAACUUCAUCCUCCAAUACCCCUCGAAUUCUGGGACCCUUCUAAUUAAAGACUACUUUUCUAGAGUACCAAGUACAAACUUAAAUCUUUCAACACAAAGCUAACCCUGUAAUUGGAGACCAAACCCUAAAGAUACCCCAAAGUUUUAAGUCCCAAAUGCAUUCUCAAAAUGAAGGGCAAAUUGUAGUACUUCUUGUAACAGUGUGUUUCAUAUCUGUAUUGUUUUCAAAUUGCUGGAUGCCUGCAACGGACUGGCUCAAUCUCUUACAUGCUAUGGUUGCAUAGCUCGUAAAUUCUUAAUAUACUUUACCAGAUUAAAUAAGUUUUCCUGAAGCAAUAAAUAGUACCUUGCCAAGAAGUAACAUGAACAUUUUCCUAUAACAAAGUAUAUUGAUCAACAAAACAAUAUUAUUUAAAUAUAUUUAUCUUUUAUAGCACAAGUCAAUGGUGUACUUUUAUGAAGCAAUUUUUUGCCUUUUUUAAUUUAAACACCAGUAUAAUUUUACACUAAAUAGACAAUAAUUUUUGCAUGAAUUUUAGUAGAAAGCAUAGUGUUGUCUAUUGUAAUUAUAUAUUUAGAUAGUAAUUUUGUGAAGUAGUCUACCUAAUAUAUUUAUAUUUUUAAAAUUGAGUUUAUGUAUAAUGUAACUUUUCACUAAAUAAUUAUACAUAGUCAAGCUUAUCAGAGUUAAUUCUGAGGUUUGUGCAAUGUAGACAAUGAAAUUUGUCAUUUUUGUUUUUACUAUUUUUGGUUUGGGUUUUGUAGUAAAAGAAUGAAAAAAUUUUGAAUUUCCCAACGAUUGAGUGAUACGAUUGCGGACUUGACCGAUUCAGUCACUACCUGACUUCUUUAAAAUUAGAAUUGUCAGACAAAAAGAGAUUUAUAUUACAAAAAAUACAUAUUAGAAAUCUGAUAUAUUUGUUGUUGCUUUUGAAAAGCAAUUUUUCCCACCAGGUUAAAGUAAUAUAAUGUUAUGAUUACCAUUAACUGGUGUCUCAAACUAAUGUACAAUUCAUGUAUUAAGUUUUAUUUUGUAUACAUUGAUCCAUCAUAUACUGGCGAUGGGAAUCUCUGUUGGCCUCCAGUUGGUGGACCAAAAUAAUAAUUCCAACUUCUAUUACUUUCUAAAACAGUAUAAAAUAGUCCAGGUUGUGUGUAUGCCAAUUCCUCAUCAGAAAUUGUCAGUCCCCUGUUGGACAUGUUUGUCCCUUUGGAUAUUUAUCUGAUUAGAAUGUGGUUAUAAUUACAUGGCACUGUGAAUAUGGUAUUGAAAUGACAGCAAUAAUAGAUUUGUAUUUGUAUGUCUGAUAUUUAAACUGCCAAGCUAUGAUAUAAAUUAGUACAAAAUUGUGUUAUUUGUACAAUAUUUGAAUUCCAAAAAAAGAGAUAGCUUGUUUUAUAAGACACAAAUUUGAGCCCCUUCUUUGAAAUUUUAUUUUAUUCUUCCAUGAUGCUGUCAAUUGCCAAUUUUAAUGGAGACAAUUAAUAGGUUGCACUGUAAAAUAUACUUCCAUUUAUUCUACACAUGACUGUAAGUUUGAAACAGGAAUUUCAAUAUAUAAAGUGAAAUCCAAAGAUUUAUAGUUAACGAUUCACUGUUUGAACAACUGUUAUUGUCUAUGCAGGUAACUUGUUACAUUACACAUUAUAUAUUUAAUUCAAUAUUUGAGUCAACAAAAAUGCAGUUUAGUGUUGUACAUUAUCUGUUUUAUAUUAAAAUUCUGUGCUGAUGAUGCAAGAAUGUGUAAAAAUAUUUAUCUUAUACAUACUUUAUUUUAUUUAAAUAGUGUGGAAAUAAAACAAUUGAGCAUGAUUGAA